AGAGCUCAAAAUUUCAUCCGCAAAGCUCUUGAAUGAAGUCGCCUCGUUGUUUGUUAGUGUUUUUAUUUCAGGAAGCGUGGCAGAGAAACAACAAGAAUCAAUGUGCUAUAAAUAUAACUCCAUUCGCGAGUUUCGUUUUAUUCAUUAGUUUUUAAACAUAUGAACCCUUGUGAUGGAAGAUAAUUAUGUCCGUUGAGGGUCUUUUCUGUGUCAGAAUUAGUUGGUAUAUGCUCUAAACCACAAAUGGUUGUCUGAUUUAGAUGGGUGUUGAAUAAUGGUAUUUCUCCCUUUACAGUAAAGCUGUAAAUUAAUGUUUGGACAUCGAAAUCGUGUAGACAGAAGUGCUAUCUUACCGAUUUAUCGUACGUGUACAUCUGUAGCUGUCAACAAUACAUAGCAAUUCGCAUUGCCUUGCUAAUCAAGGAUGACUGAAGAAACAAACGCUCCUACCACGGGUGUGAGCACCGACCCCAGUGUCUCGCUGGCAGUGAGUAAAGAUGUGCCUACUUACUUUGUGGGGGACUGCCCCCCAGCUGAGAGCAGGACGACCGUGAUCACCCCACAGGAGUCAGAAAGCGUGGUGUACUACGACGGCGGAGACGAUCCGGGCGAGGAGAGCGAUGUGCUGGACGCCUCGGAUCCCAGAGACAGCACCGCCAGCCCCGAGGAGCUCAAUGACGAGGAGGGCUUUGGGGACAACGAGAACGUGAUGAAGACCUGCAUCUACGAGGGCUGCACCGAGACCACCACGCAGAAGGCCAAGCAGAGGAAGCCGUGGAUGUGCAAGAAACACCGAAAUAAAAUGUACAAAGACAAAUACAAGAAAAAGAAGAGCGAUCAAGCCAUGUCUAGCGGGAAGCUAGAUGAGAGCGCAGAAGAGAGACCCGUGUCUGCUACGAAACAGCGUUUAGGAGGUUUAGGUGAACGUCCAGCCCGGCCUUCGCUCUUAGAACAAGUCCUUAACCAGAAGAGAUUGUCCUUACUGAGAAGUCCAGAAGUCAUUAGCUUUUUGCAGCAACAGCAGCGAUUACUAACCAACCAGACUCGAGCGCAACCACAUCAAGACUAUUAAGUUGGAAAUGGUGAAGAGGGAGGGCGGUCAUUUUAUUCUUCCUUUUCUUCAUGCACGACUGCAAAACCUUGUGGAUAUUUUUUUUUCCCCUGGAAGCCAAUUUUAUGCUAGAAAUCCUAAAUCAUUGGACUGGACAGCAGAGGUUGAAAUUCCCCAAAACAGACGAACCCUUUUUCCAUUAAAAGAAAAUUCAAGCAAUUUACCCAAGCAGGUGCUCAAACAUAGAACCCUGUGUUGAGAAAAGAAAAACAAAAUACUGUGGAUCACAAAAGCUUGUUACAAAAAUGGCAGUCAGAAGAAUUUGGCUCCUCUGAAAAAAAGUUAGAGCGUGAACAAUCAUGUCAAAUCAGAACAUCAAAACCAGCUUUUAGGAACUGGUUUUCAGAUUCCCUUUUUAAUGUCAUUGAAUGCUUAGUUUAGUGUUUAACUAUGCAGUGCUACGACAGUAUGCUUAUGUAUCAGUCUGCUACCCAGCAGCCUUUGUUUUAGGAGGUUAAUAUUUGGCACAGCUAUUUUGGAAUUUCUCCUGUCACAUUUUUAACAAAAUACCACUCUGUACUGCAACUGCGUAAAUGGGUUUGUGAUGUCUACUAUUUUAUCUGAGGGUUUUCGCCAGUUUUGAAUUCUCAUUUCCUCCCUCCUCCCAGAAGUGGGAAGGUAAGGUUUGAUCGACUUUGUCUCCAAUGUUCAUCCUCAUUAGGUGUCUGUUCUCCCCGUGUCAUGAUCCAAUUGUGAAGCGAGCCGCAAUGCUGCCAUUUUCCAUUACGAGCUGUUGGCAGGCAAAGAGACUACACACAGGCAGACAGCCAAUGCAAAAUGGGACAAUUCUUGCUUUUAAUCCCCAAUGGUGAGUUUUAUCACGGACAAAUAUGGCACUUCCAUUUUUUCACGGAUUUUACAGCAGGCAGUAUCGGAAAUACACUGAAGUUGUAAGCUGUAUUAUAUUAUAACUGGAAAAUCUGCUAGCAGUUUUCAGCAAUUCCAGAUUAUUCCUAACCAAUUUAGCUCAGCAGUGCCUGUGAACAUCAAGUAAAUUAAAAGGACAUUAGAAAUACUCUAAUCCCUCUGUGUAAGAGCUUAAUUUUUUCCCCAAAAAACUGCUUAUAAGGUGAAAACUUGAAUAACAGAAAUCCCCUUUACUUUCCCUUUAUAAGCUUCAGUUGUUUCUAGAACUCAAAAAUGUUCCCUUAGACACCCAAUCUUCCCCUUUACACAACACAUUCUCCAUUGAAUAAAAAUAAUAAAAAGCCUAGUUAAUUAUUCGCAUAACAUGCUUAAAGUCUGUAGCGGAUGCAUAAACAAUAGGUAGGAAAACAAUAACUCUUGCUCAUUUACAGAAUCAGUACCAUAGUUACAUUGUUAGUCCUUAGCAAAAAGCAUAAACCGUACGAUGCACUUAGCACACACAAGCCUUUAUUAUUAAAAAAAAAGUUAAAAUGUAAAAAAAGAAAUUCCCCAUCCCGGAUGAUGCAAGAAAAGAAGAAUCUCAGCAAUGCUUUACAAGAGCCCAACUUGGAAGAGUGAUAAUCCAAUUGUUAAAUCAAAAACCAGCUAAAAUUUGGCAUCUCUUUUAAACAAAAACAUGGAUGGUUGUAUAGAGAGGUAUGACUUUACUUGGGUAUAUGUUUAGAAGUUAAAAACGCCAGUAUUUAGUCUUAAGCAAUGCAGUAAAAGAAAUGGUGAACGGGAAUGAUACUUAUACCAGGAAUGGUAUAAGUAGGUACCCCUUCCUUUUAUAUUUUAGAGGUAAUUGACCUAAGUCUUUUAGAGCAGGCACAGCAUUGGCUGUGUUUCUUCAUGCAGUUUAAAAUGAACUGAAGGCACAAAAAAAUAACAUUGCGGCUAUGUGGGUGCAAACUUUGCAAAACAUUGAUUUUUGGUUGUCUGCCAAGAUCCAUUUUGGUCAUCAUGGCAGGACAUGUGAGGAAGAUUUCGAAGGGGUUUUGAAUUUGGGAGUCAGGAUACAUCCUUAGUAGACACAAGACCCAUAUUCUUGUCACAGAUUUAAUGGCUUGUUUGUCCUAGUACGUCUGUCUAAUAUGAAUUUCAUAGGCUGUGAGUCUCUCAACAUCAGCUUUAUUGUGGGAAGAAAAAAACUAUUUCAAGAAGAUUUCAUAAGUGCCACUGAUUUAUGUAACUUAUCAAAUAUGUUGCUUGUUUCUACACAUUUUCUCUUUUAAUUUGUAACUUUCAUUUGCACGCAAGACAAAAAAGUGAGCCAAAAAAAGCAUGCACUCCAAAGUCUCACCGGUAUAAUUUUUCUAAAAGAUUUAAAUAACUGUUUAGUGGUAAAAAUUUUUGUAACCUAUUUAACAAAACCUGGUUGUAUAUUCGUUGUGUGGCAUUUUAAUCUAAGGCACUAAAUUAUUUAAAAAAUAUAUUGUAAUUAUUUUAUUAUAUGUACAGUUUGCCCAGUACAAAAUGAAGACAAUAUGGUUGGCUGAGAUGACCAUAGGUAUUUUGUGCAAUUGCCUGUUGCUUCUUUGAAUUUUCAGGAGAUAGAAAUAAUGUGUUUGUAAUGCAUGUUUGUAUAACAUGAUAUUUUAUUCUAUGUGUUAAAUUAUUGUAUAUCUUGGAAAUGUUUGAGUUUUGUGGAGCUUGGUGGUGGAUGUUCCACAGCUAAUUUACUUCUUUCUCUUCAACCAGUAGGAUUGGAAGUUGCUAAAACUCAAUUAUGAAUGAAAAUUGCCAAGAUGUCUGUUGUGUUUUAUUGAAUUUGAUUUUUUUUUUUGUUUUUACUGCAGAGUAAAAAGGUUGUAAAAUCA